AUGGGAGCUCAAGAGAAGCGUUGUCGUUUUGAGCCAAUAUCAAGCUACGAAAUAAAGGACCGGUCGAACCAAACAGUGGCCGCCGAUCUAGACGGGACCUUACUGAUCUCUCGUAGUGCAUUUCCAUAUUAUUUCCUCGUGGCCCUCGAAGCAGGAAGCUUGCUCCGGGCGUUGAUCCUACUCGUGUCCGUACCGUUCGUUUACCUCACGUACCUCUCCAUCUCCGAGACUUUAGCCAUCAACGCUUUCGUCUUUAUCACCUUCGCGGGUCUCAAGAUCCGAGACGUCGAGCUCGUGGUCCGUUCCGUCCUCCCUAGGUUCUACGCGGAGGACGUGAGGCCCGACACGUGGUGUAUCUUCAACAAGUUCGGGAAACGGUACAUAGUGACGGCGAGUCCUCGGAUUAUGGUCGAGCCGUUCGUCAAGACAUUCCUAGGAGUUGAUAAAGUUCUUGGAACGGAGCUUGAGGUCUCCAAAUCGGGUCGAGCGACCGGUUUCGCCAGAAAACCCGGUACUCUUGUCGGUCAAGAAAAACGUGACGCGGUUUUGAGAGAGUUCGGAGGCGUUGCGUCUGAUUUACCUGAUUUGGGGCUCGGCGAUAGCAAGACAGACCAUGAUUUCAUGUCCAUCUGCAAGGAAGGUUACAUGGUGCCACGUACAAAAUGCGAGCCAUUACCAAGAAACAAACUCUUAAGCCCCAUAAUAUUCCACGAGGGCAGAUUAGUCCAACGUCCAACGCCGUUAGUUGCUCUGUUAACUCUCCUCUGGCUUCCCGUAGGUUUCCUCCUCUCUCUCAUCCGUGUCUACACGAAUAUUCCGUUACCGGAACGCAUCGCCCGUUACAACUACAAGCUCACAGGGAUCAAACUAAUCGUCAACGGUCACCCUCCUCCGCCUCCUAAACCGGGUCAACCAGGCCAUCUCUUGGUCUGCAACCACCGGACCGUCCUUGACCCGGUGGUGACAGCUGUCGCGCUCGGCCGGAAAAUCAGCUGCGUCACUUAUAGUAUCAGCAAAUUCUCUGAGCUGAUCUCUCCGAUCAAAGCCGUUGCGUUGACUCGUCAACGCGAGAAAGACGCGGCGAACAUUAAGCGUCUCUUGGAGGAAGGUGAUCUCGUGAUAUGUCCCGAGGGAACCACGUGCCGUGAGCCUUUCCUUCUCCGGUUUAGCGCACUCUUCGCUGAGCUCACGGACCGGAUCGUUCCUGUCGCGAUCAACACGAAGCAGAGCGUGUUUAAUGGCACGACUACACGUGGCUACAAGCUUCUUGAUCCUUACUUCGCGUUCAUGAACCCGAUGCCAACGUUUGAGAUCACGUUCCUUAAACAGCUUCCGGCUGAGCUGACGUGUAAAGGAGGGAAGUCGCCGAUAGAGGUGGCGAAUUACAUACAGAGGGUUUUGGGAGGGACUUUAGGUUUUGAGUGCACAAAUUUGACAAGAAAGGAUAAGUACGCGAUGCUAGCUGGUACCGACGGUAGGGUUCCGGUGAAGAAGGAGAAGACCUGA